AUUUCGGACCGCUCAAUCGGGAAAGCGAGGGGAUCAGCCCAGCGCCAGCCAGCCCAAGCAUUUUGGGAGUUUCAGGGAGCUAUAAAAGAGUGCUGUGGGAUAGAGCUUGUGGAAACAGUUACCUAGGUAGAUUCGUGAAGCUAUUCCCUUGCUCAUAUUUUCCAAAUCUAUCAGAUAAUCUUUGUCAACACUCAUUUUUAGGAUUUUCAUAGUGGUUUUUUCGGAACAUUUUUCAGCUGGUUACGUUGUUGGCGGGGAAAAAACCCAUCAUCCCUUCUCCACCAAAAGUUGAGGACCUCCACUGCGUCGUCAUUUCUAGAACUCCGGCCGUUCCUGCACCUGAAGAACAUGCGCAUAUGAUUGUUCACCACCACCACCACCACCACCACCAUUCAAUACUCUCCAACUUUGACACGCUGGCCUGAUCACUGUACUGUCUCUAUUCUUUUCUAAUAUUUCCUUCGAAUCGAUUCACCCUUCGCCAUCGCAUCCUUCUUCAAUAUUGUUGGAGUCAGCACAAUACGACACGAGCAUUGCAUUGCAGCCGCUGCCACCUGUGGACGCCGUCGUCUCGUAUGUUUGCGGCCUGACGCAGCCACCGACUACUCGUUCGCCGGACUCAUCGCAAACCCGCCAGAUUUUCUUUUCUUUCUUUGCGUAUAUUAAGCUCGGAGGAUUCAUCGCAGACUUGGGUAAAAAUCACAAGUAAUUCAUCCAAAUGGCCGCUCCCAUAGAACCAGCCGUGCGGAAUAAGGUGUUGAAAGUGGUGUUUGUCUCGCUCUUACUGGAUUUGGUACGUUGUCAUUCUCCAAGGCCCCGACUAAGACCUAGGACCCUAAAUUACACCACUAUAUUUGUCUCCCUGUGGCUAAUGUUUACACGCAGAUAUCAUUUACCUUCAUCCUACCACUUUUCCCUUCCCUCCUCGAAUUCUACAGAUCCCAAGAAGCGCCGGUCGAAUUCUCGUCUGCUAAUAAAUCGCCCUCGAUAUUGUCGCAUAUCCUCAUAUAUUUGAAUGCAUACAAAGCUUCCUUUUCCCGACCCAUUGAUUCGAGAUAUGAUAUUGUGUUACUUGGAGGAGCUCUGGGGAGUUUAUUUUCGUGAGAUUUUGACUCCGUAAUGGCUGUGGAAUUAUAUGAGACUAAUGGUUCAUAGUCUUCUCCAGGCUUUCUCUUCCCCCAUAAUUGGCACGCUUUCCGAUCGCUAUGGCCGCCGAACCGCCCUGUUAUUCAGCAUGAUGGGGAAUAUCCUCAGUGUUCUCCUCUGGGUAUGCGCCACUGAUUUCCGUACUUUCCUCCUUUCGCGCAUAGUUGGUGGACUCUCCGAGGGCAAUGUUCAACUUGCGAUUGCGAUCGCAACCGAUAUCUCGGAUGAGAAACAACGCGGGGCAACAAUGGCAUUGGUGGGUGUAUGUUUUAGCAUCAGCUUUAUAUUUGGUCCCGCGCUGGGAGCUUGGUUAAGCUCGAUCAGCUUGGUAAAGGCAAACCCAUUUGCGACUGCAGCUGCGUUCUCGCUAUUCUUAAUUGUCACCGAGACGAUAUACCUGUAUUUCUGUCUACCAGAAACAUUACCCAGCAAAGUCGCCGAGGCAAGAGCACUCAAUGGUACCAGCAAAUCAGAAAAAUCAAAUGGUACCACCAAACCAAAUGGAACAACAUCCAAGCAAACAAAUGGCGCCCCAAAAACAACAGCCAAAAAACCAUUUACGCGCACGAACUCACAUUUCCUCCUCAACCUUACGCAUUUGACCUUCAUCCUCUUUUUCUCAGGGAUGGAAUUUUCACUUCCUUUCAUGACAUUCGACCUGUUUGGAUACACGGCAGCAAAGAACGGGAAACUACUCGGAUACAUGGGCCUCGUAGCAUCCAUCCUCCAAGGAGGCGUAACUCGUAAACUCCCCCCUCUCCUAUCCGUCCGCAUUGGAGUCGUCUCCUGUCUCUUCGCCCUCCUCCUCCUCGCGCGCAUCGAUUCCGUCGCAGGACUCUAUCUUGCGACUACCCUCCUUGCGGUCACAACUUCUACCGUGGUGAUGGGACUCAACGCUUUGUCUUCUUUCGAAGCCGGAGAGGACGAGCGGGGUGGGAAACUGGGCAAUCUACGAAGUUGGGGACAGCUGGGUCGAGGCAUUGGACCGAUUCUCUUCACGAGUGUGUAUUGGUGGGCCGGACGGGAGGUUGCGUAUACCAUCGGUGGCAUGGGGGUUUUGGCUGUUAGUACGAUUGUGUUUUUUGGACUGAAGACGCCAGGGGGCGCGGAGGGGAAGAGGAUUAAGGAUGUUAAGGAGAGUGUUGAGUUAUAGGCUUUCUCUUUUUUUUUUGUGAUAAACAGAUAGGAAAAUGGCGUUUUAUUCCCGUUUUUGGGUUGGGGGUUUUGUGUAUUAUAUAUUUUUCCUCCUUUUUGGGGGGGAGGAGGGGGCAUGUGGGGUUAGGUACUGUAGGAGAGAGGUUUGUAGAAUGGAUGGGCAUCCUCUGAUGUGGC